CUCGAAGACUGCAAUCGUCCCUCCACGGCGAACUUCAGGGAGCUGCCAGGCUUCUUCACGCGCUCUCUACACGCAGUUCUCUGCAGCCCUCUCCUUGACUCGUUUGCAUUCGAUUUCCCCCGCUUUGUCCAUUCACUCUUUUUUUUUUCUGGAGGGCAACCCCGCCUGUGUUGAUGACUUUGACGAAGUAGACGACUUUCUUUUAUGUACUUCUACGUCUCUGCUAAUUUCCAGGUUUGCUCUUUUGUUUGAUAUUCUGGACGACUGAUUACCUUUUACCUGAAUCGCCAGGUCCAAAGGUGUUGAUUGUCCCUUCUGCCGCCCUAUUGGCUUGAAACUUCUGUCGUUUGGGUGGAGUCUCAAACGAUUUAAUAAAUUUUAACCAUCUGGUAAUUCAAAUGGCUUUAGAUACCUCUAAAGUCGUCCCUCUAACGUGUCACGGACACUCUCGUCCAGUGCCACACUUGAGCUUCUCUUCAUCAGUGGAAGAUGAUCAGUACUAUCUCAUAUCAGCAUGUAAAGAUAACAAUCCUAUGCUUCGCGAUGGCAUCACUGGUGAUUGGAUUGGUACUUUUCUAGGCCACAAGGGCGCAGUAUGGCAAGCCAGACUUUCGACAGAUGCAAAUAUAGCAGCAACCGCAGCUGCAGACUUCUCCGCGAAGGUUUGGGAUACACAUACUGGCGAGUGCCUCCAUACACUUCAGCACUCCCACAUCGUCCGAGCAGUUGCCUUCCCUAUCCAGCCAUCCCCUCAAGUCGUAGCGACAGGAGGCGCGGAAAAGAAACUCCGAAUUUUCGAUCUCACCCGCUCCGAAGGGAGCAACGGGUCAUCGCCCGCAUCCGCAUCGGUGGGCGCGAAUGGAGCCAGCUCUUCCGACUCAGUAACAAGCUACGAGAUCGGACCAGGCGUCCACGGAGGCACUAUCAAAUCCAUCGUCUGGAACCAAGACUACAAUAUCCUCACUACAGCGGCUGAAGAUAGGAAGGUCAGAUGGUGGGACCUGCGCUCGCGUCAUCCCGUCCUGGAGUAUACCGUUGAAGGCGUGAUUGGCAGCUGCGAACUCAACACCCUCGCUAUACGACCCAGUGACCCCGGUAUCCUCAGCGUAGCAGCUGGGAAGAGCGUAUAUCUCUUCGAUGGCAUAACGCCGGGACGACUCCUCAAAAGGGUCGACUUUCCAUACGAGGUUGCUAGCGCCGCUGUUAACAAUGACUCUGGUCGCCUAGUUACCGGUGGUGCAGAGAAUACUUGGGCACGGGUAUAUGACCUUCACACUGAUGAAGAGCUAGAGGUGCAAAAAGGUCACCAUGGCCCCAUUUGGUCCAUCAGCUUCUCCCCAGAUGGUAAACUCUACGGUACCGGAAGUGAAGAUGGAACCAUCAAAUUGUGGAAGGCAUGCAGAGAACCCUAUGGCUUGUGGCGAUAGGGAAAGGAUACAGUUAAAAAAAAAAAAAAGACAGUUCAAAAAACAAGAAGCAUAAAAGCCUUAAAAAUCACCUACCUGGUGAGAGGUUCGUAUUAAUAUUGCUACAAAAUGUCCCUAUCUCACUCCAUUCAACAGCCAAAAAGAAAAUUGAGGGCAAGGAAAGAAGAUAAGAAUGGAGGGAGAGAAACUUAUAGCCAUGUUUUAUGUAGCUAAAGAAAACAGUCAGUUCUCAAUAGUUAAUAUACCCUUGAAAUCCUGAAGGGUCAUAACUAAAAUGAAAACAAUUGACAGUUACAAAAAUUGACAG